AUGCAUAAAAUUAAAAAGACUAAAUAGUGUGCUUAAUGUGAAGCAAUGGAUCCAUAAUAUUAAUUAGGAAGUUCAUAUUUCAUAUAUUUAUAGGAUGUAAUCAUCUAUUAUGUUAAAACUGCUUCAAAUAAAUUUUAAGUGAUACUGUUUAAUCUAAGAAAUCAAAAUUUUAAAUUAAAUGUCCUAUUGAUUCAUGCAAAUAAUAAAUAGAUUUAAAAGAACUAUUAAAAUAUUUAACAUUACCAAAUCCAUGCAAACGUUGUAAUUUAGAGUAAUCAUAUACAUGUGGAUAAUGUAUAGUAAAGGAAAUUGAAGAGAUUGCAAAAAUCAAUUAUUAUUCAAAAUUGUUAAAAUUUGAUACUCUAAUUAAUUUUGAAUCAUACAAAGAGCUUCAUGAAGAAAUCUAAAAAUCUGAAUUAAUAUGUCCAGUUUGCAGAGAAUUCAAUUAAUUUCCAAUAAUAGUUUGUUUGUAAGGUCAUGAAAUUUGCAAAGAUUGUUAUUAUAACAUUAGAAAUAUAGAAGAUGUGAGAUAGAUGUGUCCAAUUUGUAAAUAAGAAUUAUUAUCAUCACCUCCAAAUAGUUUGAGAGCAUAAGUUUUAAUAAAAAAUUUAAGUAUCAAAUGCCCUAAUGAUAAUUGCAAAUAGGUUGUAAAAUAUCCAGAAUUCGUAUAGAAUCAUUAUCGAAAGUGUAUUAUAUAAAAGUUUAUUAUUUAAGGUUGUGAAUAAAAAAUUGAAUGUUAAGAUUGCCAUGAAAAAGUUGAAUUAUUAUUUUAAGAUAUACAUUAAUCAAAUUAUUGUAUGGGUAGUUAAUGUCCAUUUAAUUGUUCAAGGAAAUUAGGAGUAUUUAAUUAUAUUAAGUUUAGGAUCAUUAAAAUAAUUUUAUUAUGGAUCAUAUAUAAUAAACAAUGAGAUAAAGUGAUGUUGCUCAUUCAUUUUUGAUUCGAAUGCAAAUUGUUGAGAAAUUUUUAUUCCAAGGAUCUUUUGGCAGUUGUCCUUAAUGUGACUGUUAGUAUGCUUGGUAAUUAGAUGUUAGAGGUAUCUAAUCAACAUUCUGCUUUUUUUGUUUUCGAUUUACAGGAUGA